GUGAUCGUCACCCUUGCUUUACAAUCUAUCGGAACACAGUUAACAGCGAUCCGUAUAAAGCCUGCGGCAUAAUGUUUCUCCCAUCAUACGCUGCCAUUGCUCUUACUUUCCUUCAGAAUAAUUGUCUAUUUUGAUUGAAAAAUGCCCGUCGAACCUAUCAACUCAUACGACGACUUCCAGAAAGCGAUAAAAGGGGAUAAAACCAUUGUCGUUGAUUUCUGGGCCUCAUGGUGUGGUCCCUGCAAGGCGAUCUCUCCAAUAUUCCAGCAGCUCUCUGAGAUUGACGACUUGGAUGUACUUGGCUUCUACAAAGUUGACGUGGACGCGCAGACCAGGAUUGCUGAAGAGAUGGAGAUACGAGCUAUGCCCACGUUUGCCGUCUUCAAAGAUGGCAAGAAGAUCCAGGAAAUCGUUGGUGCCGACCCAAGAAGUCUUAUGUUGAUGUUGAACUCGGUAAUUCCUUGAAGUCGACGGUUCUCGCAAUAAAUUGGAUUGUACAAUAAUAGAUUCGCACUUUGCGCAAUUGUAUCAUACCUGUUGCAAUGCGAUCUCUUUCACGAAAAGUGAUCUCCAGUGUCCAACUUUCCUGUCUUUUAUUUUUUUUCGCCUCGCCUUCUUGAAUGGCACUUCCUGGUUUACGCAUCUUAGACGUUAGAGGUCGAAUUUGAAGCUGUUGCGAUAGUAUAUACCACGCGUAUAAUAAUGAUCAUCGCUUUCAUUACGCCGAUAGUGG